AGCCAUCUUCCGCGGCUCGGGGGGUGCGGACUGCGACCCGAUCCGGCUGGCCUGGGAUCCGGCAUGCGACCGCGCCCCCGCGCGGGCCCUUCCUCGGCGUCGCUGGCGCGCCGCGGCGGGCGGCGAUGAUUUCGCGCCCGUCCUCGCCGAGCUUCGCUGCCCCGGGCGGCGCGCCCGAGCGGGCAGCGGACCCCGACCUCGCCACCCAGAGGGCCGUGCGGCAGGACCACCAGCGGGCCGCGUCCAUCCACGAGCUGGCGCAGCGCGGGGAGGCGGAGGUAGUGGAGUACCUGGACGAGCUGGUCGCCAUGCUGCAGAGCUCGGGGCCCAGCGUGAAGCGGGCCGUGUGCCAGGCCUUCCGGGCCGCGGGCCCGCGCGGCUUCGACCACCUGCAGAGCGUGGAGCCGCUGCUGGCCGACCCGGACCCCGGGGUGCGCUACGAGGCCUGCGUGAGCCUCGCGGGCUGCGGGCGCCGCGCGGCGGCCGCCAAGAAGUCCAUCCUGCCCCUGCUGAAGGACCAGAAGGAGACCGUGCGGUUCGCGGCGUGCGUGGCGCUGGGCCGCGCCGACGCGGCCGAGUGGGCGGACAUGGUGGCCCCGCUCCUGCGGGACCCGUCUCCGGAGGUGCAGGGCGCCGCGUGCCUCGCCCUGGGGAGGCUGGGCCUGGCCGGCCGGGGCCACGCCGCGGAGGUGGCGGGGAGGCUGCGCGAGCCGCGCUCGCGGCUGGAGGCCAUCCGUGCCCUGGGCAUGCUGGGGGAGGCGGGCGCUCGCCACUGUGAGCAGGUCCGCGCCUGCCUGCGGGACGAGGACCCAGAGGUUCGCGUGGCGGCCGCGCAGUCGCUGGGGCAGAUGGCCAACGUCAUGCAGGACAGCUCCGCGCUCGUGGCCAAGACGGCGGAGCUGCUGACCUCGCCGGAGGGGCGCCACCGCAUCGCGGCGGCCCUGGCGCUGGGCCACAUGGGCGAGAAGAGCGCGGGCCAGGCGGGCGCCCUGCAGGAGAUGCUGUCCGACAGCGGCGUGGAGCCCGCCUACGGCGCCCUGGCCGCCGGGGGCGCCCGCCGCAUGCCGCCGCCGUGCUGCCGGAAGGCGAAGUGCGCGGCGGCCGCGGCCCUGAGCUCGCUGGUGGUGUCCGGCGGCGCGCGGUCGCCGGAGGAGGUCGCCGGCGCCGUGGCGCGGCUGCUGGAGGACGCGGACUGGGAGGCGCGCGCCGCCAGCUGCGAGGCGCUGGGGGCCAUGGGCGAGCACGCGCGCGGCCAGGCGGCGGCGGUGGGGGCGCUGCUGCGCGACAGCGCGCAGCAGGUGCGGGCCGCGGCGGCGGUCUGCUGCGGCAGGAUCGGCGCCACGGGGCAGUGUCCGGCGCUGGCGGCCGCGCUCGCGGACGGGGCCGCGGCCGUGCGCGCGGAGGCGGCCCUGGCGCUCGGCGAGCUGGGCGAGGAGGGCGCGGGCUUCGCGGGCGGCGUCUUCGAGAAGACGGCGGACGAGUCUCCGAGGGUGCGUGCGGCCGCGAUGAUGGCGCUCGGGCGCAUGGGCGAGACAGGCCGCCUGUACGCCGGCGCCAUCGCCCUGCACCUCUCGGGCGAGGAGCCGGCCGAGGUCAAGGCCGCCGCGGCGCAGGCGCUGGGGGCCAUGGGCCGCCGCGGCGCACUCUACUCGGGAGCCGUCGCCCGCCUGCUGAGCGACCCCGCGUCCAGCGCCACGGCGGAGGCCGUGCUGCGGAAGAUGCGCGCCGAGGACGCGGACGGCCCCCACGGCGCCCUGCUGCGGAAGAUGCGCGGCAUGUGAGGGGGCCGGUCGCCAGCGGGCCAGCGCUGCACGGGCGGGAGCAGGCGUGGCCCCCUGCACUGCCCGCCGCCGCCUCGACCUCCCUCGGCCUCCGUCGACCUGCUCCUCAACAAGACGUCCUCCUGCUCUCCUCCUUCUCCUCCCCUGCUCCU